CUGCCAUUCCAGACACAAACAACCUGAGCCCACUGGGGUUAUAGGCAGAAUGGUGGUCCCAUGUGAUGUCACUAAGUACUGCAAAAAGUGUAACAGACGAUAUCAUGUUAGCAUGAAUAAGAAAAACCCCCACAGAUGCUCAUCCAUGCGUUGUCCUCACUGUAAAGCCAAUUUGGUGCCUGGUGAUAACCAUAGCUGUUUCAUUCAACCCUUCAAGCCGGAAGAGACAGAGCCCAAGUAUAUCUUUUUCGAUUUAGAAACACGAUUUGAAAAUGGUAAACACCAGGCUAAUUUUGCUGCUGCCAUGACUUUCAAAGGGGGAUCUUUUGAGGCCGAGGGUAGUAGUUGCGUGUUUAUGAUGUUGAGACACUUCAGACGGUCUACAUAUAAGGGCUACACAUGGAUGGCCCACAAUGCAUCAGGGUUUGAUAAUAUCAUUUUACUGGAGCAUUUCACCAAGCUAGGGGUUACGCCCAAAAUAAUCAUGACUGGAUGCAGAUUAAUUUUCAUGUAUGAUGAGAUCUUUAAACAGCGGUUCAUUGACAGCUAUUCGUUCAUCCCCAUGCGUUUGGCUAAGACAACUGCGGCCUUAAAUCUGAACACCGGUGAGAAAGGGUACUUCCCACACAAAUUUAACACAGCAGUGAACAACUACUAUAGGGGCCCCUAUCCAGACCGUGAGUACUAUGGGUACGACACCAUGUCCGAUAAAGACAGAGCUGACUUUGACACAUGGUAUAGCGAAGCAUCCAAAGGCGUAUUUGAUUUUCAGAAAGAGCUACGAUCUUACGGGGUUCAUGAUGUUGUGCUACUGAGGGACGCGUGCAUGAAAUACUGCGAGACGUUCAUGGGCUGUACUGGUGUAGACCCAUUCACUCAGACUACAUUAGCAUCCUGCUGCAUGGCUGUCUACAAGGCGCGCUUCCUGCAACGAGACACAAUAGCACUCACACACAACAAUGCCUAUGUUAACCAACAUAAGGCAUACUCCAACUCCUCUAUCCAAUGGUUGGAAUAUGUGAAUGAUAGUAGAGAUAUGGUUGUACAACAUGCUUUGAAAGGUGGCGAGGUGCAAGUAGGUCAGUACUACCUCGACGGCUAUUAUGAAAAAAAUGGUGUCAAACAUGCACUCGAAUUUAAUGGCUGUUUUCAUCACGGCCAUGAUUGCCGCUACAAUCCAGACCAUAUACACCCCCUGUUAAAUAUCCCUUACGGGGAUGUGAGGAGCCAUUUUGAUGAUAAGGUGACAUACCUUACCAAGACCAAAGGGUUUAGGGUCGAAGUGAUGUGGGAAUGUGAGUGGAACCAGGCUAAGCAGCGUGACCCUGAUGUUAAGAGAUUCAUGGCCACAUACGUACACCCUGAGCGUUUAAAUCCUCGCGAUUCUCUUAACGGUGGAAGAACAGAUGCCUACAAUCUUUACCGCAAAGCUGGUGAGGGUGAGAAAAUUCACUACGUUGAUUUCACAUCCCUAUACCCGGCAUGUCAGAGCAAGUGUGAGUACCCCAUCCACAACCCCCAGAUCAUAGUGGGAGAUUUUCAGCCACUUGAAAAUUAUUACGGGUUGAUCAAAGCUACAGUCUCUCCACCUAGGGGCUUACUACACCCCGUGCUGCCAUACCGCUGCAACGGCAAAUUGAUGUUCCCCCUCUGCAGGACUUGUGCUGUAGAAGAGAAUCAGACCAGCCCCUGUGAGCACAGUGAUGAUGAGCGCUCCAUUUCGGGGUGCUGGGUUAGUCUUGAGCUGAUGAAGGCUAUUGAAAAGGGCUACAUUGUUACCAAGGUUGAUGAGGUCUGGCAUUUUUCUCAGAGAUCUGACACAUUGUUUUCAGACUAUGUGAAGACAUUUCUCCAAUACAAGCAGGAAGCUAGCGGAUACCCUGCCCAUGCAGUGACUGAUGAGGCUAAAGAGGCCUACAUUGAGGACUAUUAUGAGAAGGAGGGGAUUAGGCUGGAUCCUGAUAAGAUCUGUUUGAACCCAGCCGUAAGGCAAAUAAACAAGUUGCUGCUCAACAGUCUCUGGGGUCGCUUCUCUAUGAGAGAGAAUUUGCCCACCACCGAAAUGGUGAAAGACCCCGAGCAGUUUGCCCGAUACAUUUUUGGUUGUGAAUAUGAUGUCACACACUUUUCAUUUGUGUCUGAUGAUGUGGCCUUAGUCCAAUGGCGUCAUGCUGAGGGUAGUUGUGUACAGACCUCAGACAUAAAUGUGUUUGUGGGUGCAUUCACCACCGCUCAUGCUCGCCUUAAAUUGUACGAGCUUAUGGACAAAUUGGGUGAGCGCCUUUUGUACACAGAUACUGACAGUGCGGUUUAUAUCUCAAAGGAUGGCGAUUGGGAGCCGCCGCUGGGGCCCUAUUUAGGGGAUCUCACAAAUGAGCUGGAUGAUGGUGACUACAUCACAGAAUUCUGUUCAGCCGGACCGAAGACUUAUGGCUAUCGCACAGCCCGGGGUAAAACCUGUAUGAAGGCGAAAGGCGUCACGCUUAAUGCAGAGAAUUCAAAACUGAUCAGAUUGGACACCCUCAUUGGCCUUGUUGAUCAUUUUGUGACUGACAGAGAUAGUACACGACACAUACGGGCUCGAACUGAUAAUAUUGUGCGUAACAAGAAACAUCUCAUUCUAAAAAACAAAACUGGUGAGAAGAGGUUCAGGGUUGUUUACAACAAGAGGGUGCUACUACCCGACUACACAACUAGGCCAUACGGAUACUAA